CGUCUCUAAGGCGCUGGAUUGGGAGGAGGCGGCGGGGUAGUACGACCAGGAACUGCUCCAGCUGCGGCUGGGAGGGGACCGGGAGACGCCCGCGGUUGCGUGUCGGUCCUAUGGGGCCUUGAGGAUACAGCCCCGGCUAGAGAGGGCUUUUCGGUUGGAGUCGGUGGGAGGAUGGAGGGUCAGGGACCUCCGGGAGCUGGUGGCGGCGAGGAGCCGCUGAGCUCUGGCAGGAUGAACUCGAAGCGGAGAGGGCGCGCCGCGGAAGAGGAGAGCCGGAACAAACCCAAGCUGAAUAUUCAAAUAAAAACUUUGGCAGAUGAUGUGCGUGACAGAAUAACCACCUUCAGAAAAUCAGCAGUGAAAAAAGAGAAACCUCUUAUUCAGCAUCCUAUUGACUCUCAGCCUUCUAUAAGUGAAAUUCCACUUGCCCAGGCGCUUGUUGAUGAGCGUUGUAUGAACUUAUCAGAAAAGGAAGUUAUGGAUCUCUUUGAAAAGAUGAUGGAAGACAUGAAUCUAAACGAAGAACGAAAAGCUCCUUUAAGAGAUAAAGACUUGACUACAAAACGUGAGAUGGUUGUCCAAUACAUUUCUGCAACUGCCAAAUCCAUAGUCGGAAGUAAAGUUCCGGGUGGACUGAAAAACAGCAAGCAUGAAUGCACACUGUCUUCACAAGAAUAUAUUCAUGAAUUGCGGUCUGGAAUUUCAGAGGAAAAGCUUCUUAAUUGUCUAGAGUCUUUGAGAGUGUCUCUAACGAGUAAUCCAGUCAGCUGGGUUAAUAAUUUUGGACAUGAAGGUCUUGGACUUCUGUUGGAUGCAUUGGAAAAGCUUCUUGACAAGAAACAGCAAGAAAGUAUUGAUAAGAAGAAUCAACAUAAACUUAUCCAGUGCCUCAAAGCGUUUAUGAACAAUAAAUACGGAUUACAAAGGAUUCUAGGAGAUGAAAGAAGUCUCUUGCUGUUAUCAAGAGCAAUUGAUCCGAAGCAACCACAUAUGAUGACUGAAACAGUAAAAAUACUUUCUGCUAUCUGCAUUGUUGGAGAAGAAAAUAUUCUGGACAAGCUUUUAGGUGCUAUAACAACUGCUGCUGAGAGGCACAACAGGGAACGUUUUUCUCAGAUUGUUGAAGGAUUGGAAAACCACGAAUUCUUACAGCUGCAGGUAGCAUGUAUGCAGCUCAUCAAUGCCCUUGUUACUUCUCCAGAAGAUCUUGAUUUCAGGAUACACUUGAGAAAUGAAUUUUUACGUUGUGGCCUGAAGAAAAUAUUGCCUGGCUUGAAAGAUAAGGAUAAUGAAGAGCUUGAUAUUCAGCUGAAAGUGUUUGAUGAAAACAAAGAAGAAGACUUAAUUGAAUUGUCACAUCGACUCAAUGAUAUCAGAGCUGAAAUGGAUGAUGUGAAUGAAGUGUUCCAUCUGCUGUAUAAUAUGUUGAAAGAUACUUCUUCUGAAAAUUACUUCUUGUCAAUUCUUCAACAUUUCCUUCUCAUCAGAAACGAUUACUAUGUCCGACCUCAGUAUUACAAGAUAAUAGAAGAGUGUGUAUCACAGAUAGUAUUGCACUGCAGUGGAAUGGACCCCGAUUUUAAAUGCAGAGGAAGAAUGGAUGUGGAUUUUACUCAUCUUGUUGAUUCAUGUGUGGACAAAGCUAAAGUUGAAGAGAGUGAAAAGAAAGCAGCAGAAUUUUCCAAAAAGUUUGAUGAAGAGUUCACAGCUCGACAAGAGGCACAAGCGGAGCUUCAGAAACGAGAAGAGAAAAUCAAAGAACUUGAAACAGAAAUCAAACAGCUACGAACCCAGGGUCCAAGCCUGACAGGUCAGCUGACAGAAGUAGCACCAUUGCCUCCAACCCUACCAAGUGAGAAUGCACCACCACCUCCUCCGCCGCCGCUGCCUGGUGGAGCAAUACCUCCUCCGCCGCCGCUGCCUGGUGGAGCAAUACCUCCUCCGCCUCCACUGCCUGGUGGAGCAAUACCUCCUCCGCCGCCGCUACCUGGUGGAGCAAUACCUCCUCCGCCUCCACUGCCUGGUGGAGCAAUACCUCCACCACCUCCACUGCCUGGUGCAACAGCACCUCCUCCUCCACCACCUCCGCUGCCUGGUGGAGCCAUACCGCCACCGCCUCCGCUGCCCGGUGGAGCCAUACCUCCUCCACCUCCCUUACCUGGCGGAGCAGUACCUCCUCCUCCACCUCCCUUACCUGGCGGAGCAGUACCUCCUCCUCCACCUCCACUACCUGGCGGAGCAGUACCUCCUCCUCCACCUCCACUACCUGGCGGAGCAGUACCUCCUCCACCACCGCCUUUUGGUGGGCCUCCAAUGCCACCAGCUCUUGGAGGUGCUCCUUUUGCUCCCUUCCCGGUGGCACCUGCAUUACCACAUGGAAUGAAGGAGAAGAAAAAGUAUAAUCUGGAAGUUGCAAUGAAGAGAAUCAACUGGUCAAAGAUUGAGCCACAGAAGAUAACAGAAAACAGCUUUUGGGUAAAAGCCGAAGAAGAUAAAUUUGAAAACCCGGAACUGUUUGCAAAAUUGGCAGUUACCUUUGGAACCCAAAUGAAAGCUAAAAAGCCCGUAGAAGAAUCUGAAGAAAAGAAGGCAGUUCAGUCGAAGAAAAAGAUUAAAGAAUUAAGAGUUUUGGAUGGAAAAAGCGCACAGAAUUUAUCAAUAUUUUUGGGUUCUUUCCGUUUGCCUUACGAAGAAAUAAAAAAUAUCGUUUUGGAGGUCGAUGAAGAGAAGCUCAGUGAAUCUUUAAUUCAGAAUCUAGUGAAGAAUCUUCCUGAGCAGGAUGAACUCAAUGCCUUAGCUGAAUUAAAGAAUGAAUAUAAUGAUCUUGCUGAACCAGAACAGUUUGGAGUUGUGAUGAGCUCAGUGAAAAUGCUACGGUCACGUCUCAACGGGAUUCUUUUCAAGCUUAUGUUUGAAGAGCAUGUAAACAAUAUCAAACCUGACAUUAUGGCAGUUACACUGGCUUGUGAAGAGUUGAAGAAGAGUGAAAGCUUUAGUAAGCUUUUGGAGUUAGUGCUCUUCCUUGGAAACUACAUGAACGCUGGCUCCAGAAAUGCACAGUCUCUUGGUUUUAACAUCAGUUUCCUUUGCAAGAUUCGUGAUACUAAAUCAUCCGAUCAGAAAACAACCCUGUUGCAUUUUCUGGCUGAAAUCUGUGAGGAGAAUUACCGGGACAUCUUAAAAUUUCCAGAUGAGUUGCAGCAUGUUGAGAGUGCAAGUAAAGUUUCAGCUCAGACUUUGAAGAGCAACCUUGACUCAAUGAAGAAUCAGAUCCAGCGGCUAGAAAAAGACAUUGCGAAUUUCCCUAAAACACAGGAUGAACAUGACAAGUUUGUAGAGAAGAUGAGCAGCUUUGCUGAGAGUGCCCGUGAGCAGUAUGAAAAAUUGUCCAACAUGCACAACAACAUGACUAAACUGUAUGAAAACUUGGGAGAAUACUAUACCUUUGAUCCCAAAGUAAUAAGCAUAGAAGAAUUCUUUGGUGAUCUCAGCAACUUCAGAACUCUAUUUUUGGAUGCGUUAAAAGAAAACAACAAAAGAAGAGAAAUGGAGGAGAAAACGAAGAGAGCCAAAUUGGCAAAAGAGAAGGCUGAACGAGAGAAGCUGGAGCGACAGAAGAAGAAGCAGCAGCUGAUUGAUAUGAACAAAGAGGGUGAUGAGACAGGAGUGAUGGAUAGUCUGCUUGAGGCCCUGCAGUCAGGAGCAGCAUUUAGAGAUCGCAGGAAACGAGCUCCAAGAGGACAAGAUAACAGACGAGUCACUUUGGAAAGGUCUCGUUCUCGCCACAAUGGAGCAAUCGCAGCUGUAUGAUUCUUCUGAUGCCAAAGAAUUAGCGAAUUGUUUUAUUUACAAUAAAGUGGAAAUACUUUGAAAUGAA